ACUACAGAAAAAAAGCACUCAGGCAGUCUGGGCUGGGUCUGCUUACAAGGAGAGGGACUCUCUAUAUUCAUGGUGGUGCUCUGAUAACCUGAGCACGUUUCUCUUCCAUCCCUUUCCCCUUUAUUAUUUGCACACAAGGACGGCUCAUGUCUGCCUUAUAGACAUGAUGAUCUCUGUGCGUUUAAGGACUUUCAUUUUUCUGGUGGUCUCGCAGGUUUUGAUUGUGACAUGUCAGGACGCGGGCAGCGGAGGCAGCUGCGAACAGGACGGCCAGAUCUACACAAACAACGACAUCUGGAAGCCGACCCCCUGCCGGAUCUGCGUUUGUGACAAAGGAAAUGUCCUCUGCGAUGAUAUCCAGUGUGAUGAUGUGACCAACUGUGAGAAGUUGUACAUCCCAGAGGGCGAGUGCUGCCCUGUGUGUCAGGGGGAUUCACCCAGCAGCGGUGGCGGUGGCGGCGGCGGCGGCGGCGAGACAGGUGGAGGCAGAGUUUAUAAGGGUCAGAAAGGAGAACCAGGAGAGGUUCCAUAUGUGACAGGGAUAAGAGGCCGUCCUGGACCAAUGGGACCUCCUGGCCCAUCAGGACAGAGAGGAUCUCACGGACACAAAGGAAGACCCGGACUGCGAGGACCUGCAGGGUACGAUGGAGAGCCGGGUGUACCAGGCCAGCCUGGGGAACCAGGACCUCCGGGUCCUCCAUCACACCCAGGGGGGCUGGGAGCUCAAAUGUCUCAAGGAAUGGAUUCCAAAACAGGACCACAGCACAUGUUGAGUGGUGCCAGGGGAGAAGCUGGAGCAAGAGGACCACCCGGGCCGAACGGCUCUCCUGGUUACCCUGGACCACAAGGACCUCCCGGAGAAGUUGGCGAUCCAGGUCAUAUGGGUUCACCAGGGCAGAGGGGACCUGAGGGCCCACCAGGAAAACCAGGAGAAGAUGGAGAGGCUGGUAGAGCAGGAAAUUCUGGAGACGUUGGAUUCCCUGGAUCACCGGGAACAAGAGGAUUUCCUGGUACACCUGGUCCCCCUGGCCUGAAGGGUCACCGAGGUCACGGUGGACCACUUGGCCAAAAAGGUGAAACUGGAGCAGUUGGAUCCAAGGGGGCUACAGGGCCACCCGGUCCUAUGGGAGCACCUGGACCCAUGGGUCCUGCUGGGAUGCCUGGCGAGAGAGGACGCUCUGGACCUGGUGGUGUUUCAGGAAAGCGUGGUGUGCCUGGAAACAUUGGGAAACCUGGACCACUGGGCCCGUUAGGUCUCAGCGGCCCUGCCGGGUAUCCAGGAGGUCCGGGUAUGAAGGGACAGCCUGGUCCCACAGGGGUCCGAGGUCCAGAAGGCCCACAGGGUCAGAGAGGAGAGACCGGUCACCAAGGCAGAGCUGGACCAGUUGGACUGAGGGGACCCAUGGGUACAGAUGGAGGCCCAGGAACUAAAGGACCAGUGGGUAAUUUGGGUCCACAAGGUUCAGGAGGCCACCCUGGACCGCCUGGCCCUCCAGGACCACAGGGAAGCACUGGUCAACCUGGCAUAAAAGGACAAGGGGGAGAUGUUGGUGUUCCGGGUUUCAAAGGUGAGGCAGGACCAAAAGGAGAACCGGGUCCACCGGGUUCUCAGGGAGUGAUAGGACCUCAGGGUGAGGAAGGAAAGCGAGGACUACGUGGAGAUUCUGGCUCUGUUGGCCCUCCAGGUCCUGUUGGUGAGAGAGGUUCUCCGGGCAACAGAGGUUUUCCAGGUGCUGAUGGCCUGCCAGGACCUAAGGGUGCUCAAGGAGAUCGUGGCACUUCUGGUACAUCGGGCCCAAAAGGUUCUCUAGGAGACCCUGGCCGUCCAGGGGAGCCUGGUCUACCAGGUGCAAGGGGUCUUACUGGUACCCCAGGAGUCCAGGGGGCAGAAGGCAAGCCAGGGCCACUGGGUCCAUCUGGUGAAGAUGGUCGCCCAGGCCCAGCAGGAUCAAUUGGUAAUAGAGGCCCCGCAGGAACCAUGGGAGCCCCAGGGCCAAAGGGGUUUAAUGGUGAUCCUGGAAAGACAGGUGAACAAGGAUCAGCAGGAGUGCCCGGUCAAAGAGGACCUCCUGGAAAAGAUGGAGAAGUUGGCCCUGCAGGCCCCCCCGGUCCACCAGGCCUCGCAGGAGACAGAGGAGAGCAGGGGCCACCAGGUGUGAACGGAUUCCCGGGUUUGCCAGGAAACCAAGGCCCCCCUGGAGAGUCUGGUAAACCAGGUGACCAAGGCAUUCCUGGAGAAAUUGGUCCAGUUGGUCAAAUUGGACCGAGGGGGGAACGAGGAAUCCCUGGAGAGAGAGGAGAACUGGGUGCAUCUGGUCUGCAGGGACCUAAAGGAAUUCCUGGUGCACCGGGCACAGAUGGGCCAAAGGGGAGCCCUGGUCCCACUGGUACUGUGGGAGAUGUGGGUCCUCCUGGUCUUCAGGGAAUGCCAGGAGAACGAGGAAUCUCUGGUCCUCCUGGGCCCAAGGGUGACAGGGGAGCAAUUGGUGAGAAAGGAUCAGAAGGUACACCUGGAAACGAUGGUGCAAGAGGAGCCCCCGGCGCCCUUGGCCCUGUAGGACCUGCAGGACCCAGCGGAGAAAAGGGGGAACCUGGACCCAAAGGGCCAGCCGGACCUCCAGGUUCCAGAGGAACACCGGGGUCAAGAGGUGACCCUGGUCCCAUCGGUGCUGUUGGGUUUACUGGACCCCAGGGUCCUGAUGGUCAACCUGGAGUCAAGGGAGAGCCGGGGGAGCCCGGCCAAAAAGGAGAUGCUGGUUCUCCAGGACCUCAGGGUUUGGCUGGAGCUCAUGGACCUCCGGGUCCAAUUGGUGUUUCUGGGCUGAAAGGAGGACGAGGAACACAAGGUGCACCGGGCCCCACUGGUUUCCCUGGAUCUGCAGGAAAAGUCGGACCACCGGGACCACCUGGCCCCGUUGGAGAAGCAGGACCGCAGGGAUCUCCGGGGAAAGAAGGUCCACCUGGCCUUCGUGGUGAUCAUGGAUCUCCUGGAAGACAAGGAGAACGUGGACCUGCUGGACCCCCAGGAAGCCCAGGAGAUAAAGGAGACGCUGGAGAGGACGGCCCCACGGGCCCUGAUGGUCCUCCAGGUCCAGCUGGAACCACAGGACAGAGAGGCAUUGUGGGUCUCCCCGGUCAGAGAGGAGAACGUGGGAUGCCAGGUCUUCCAGGACCAGCGGGUCCCCCAGGAAAGCAGGGCUCUGCAGGAGCCCCAGGAGAUAAAGGCCCCCCAGGUCCUGUUGGUGUUCCUGGUGCUAAUGGACCCCGUGGUGAUCCUGGUCCUGAUGGUCCAGCAGGAUCUGAUGGACCACCAGGAAAAUACGGUGUUCUGGGUCAAAGGGGAGACAGAGGAGAUUCUGGUCCAGAGGGUUUGAUUGGUCCACAAGGACUACCUGGAACACCAGGUCCUGUCGGUGCACCAGGUUCUCCAGGAAAGAGAGGAGAGCCCGGCUCAAGAGGACCUCAAGGACCACCUGGAACAGCUGGAAAACGCGGAUUAGUGGGACCACAAGGACCAAGAGGAGAUAAGGGUGACCUGGGAGAUCAUGGAGAGAGAGGACAGAAAGGACACAGAGGCUACACCGGUCUGCAGGGUCUUCCUGGACCUCCGGGCACAACUGGUGACCAAGGAGCUCCUGGAAUAGUUGGACCGGGCGGAACGAGGGGUCCCCCUGGGCCAAUCGGGCCUCAUGGAAAAGAGGGAUAUAUGGGCCAGCCAGGGCCAAUGGGACCUCCGGGAACCCGUGGACUCAGUGGAGAAAUCGGACCUCAGGGCCCCCCAGGAGAACCCGGACCCGCUGGUCCUCCUGGACCUCCAGGACCUCCUGUGUCAGCUAUGGACGAUCUGUUUGGCGGCCCCCAGGACUACGACUCCGGGCCCCCUCCUCCUCCCGAGUUCAGCGAGGAUGAAGCCCUGCCCAACAGCAACUCUUCGACCAUCAUCAUGCCCGUGGACCCCGGCGUUCAAGCCACCCUGAAGGCCCUCAGCAGCCAGAUAGACAACAUGAAGAGCCCGGACGGCAGUAGGAAGCACCCUGCCAGGACCUGUGAUGACCUGAAGAGGUGCUACCCCAUGAAGAAGAGCGGUGAGUACUGGGUGGAUCCAAACCAAGGCAGUUCAGAAGACGCCAUCAAGGUUCACUGCAACAUGGACACAGGAGAAACCUGCAUCUCUGCCAACCCAGCCAGCGUACCUCGUAAAGUGUGGUGGACCUCCUCCAGGAACAAACCCGUGUGGUUCGGAGCUGAUAUCAACGGCGGGACACACUUCACUUACGGCAACAUGGAUCAGCCUGCGAACUCCGUCACGGUGCAGAUGACCUUCAUCCGCCUGCUCUCCAAGGAGGCAUCUCAGACUAUCACCUACCACUGCAAGAACUCCGUGGGCUACGACGACGCCAAGACGGGCAACCUGAAGAAAGCCGUGAUCCUAAAAGGCUCCAACGACCUGGAGCUCAAAGCCGAGGGGAACAACCGCUUCAGAUACACGGUGCUGGAGGACUCCUGCUCGCAAGCAUCUGGCAACUGGGCCAAGACAGUGUUUGAGUACAGGACACAGAAAACUGCGAGACUUCCCAUUGUGGAUAUGGCCCCUGUGGACAUUGGUGGCCCUAAUCAGGAAUUCGGCAUCGAUAUCGGGCCGGUGUGCUUCUUGUAAAGAUUCCUGAGACUGUGGAACGGACAGCUGACACGGUCAGAGUACUGAGGACUCUUCUGACCCUGUGGCAGGAUAUUUAUUGUGCCUUUCAUCCCAGUUCAAGACAUCAAGAUUUCUAAUUUUGUAUGAAUGUUUGGUUUUAAAGAGAAAUAAUUGGUAAAAAAAAAAAAGCUAAAUCAUUCCUUUGUUGUCUUGUGUUUGUUUACUGAAAGCUUCAUGCAUCAAAUUUCAUUUCACAAAUUGGAUCCAAAGAUACAAAAGCUUUAAAAUCUUACUCAUAACUGCUGUUUAUAAGCCUUGAGAUGUUAAAUGUCCCACCCCUGUUGCUAUUAUUAUAAAUAUUAAUAAGAGUUUUUUUACAAACUUGCUGUUUUUAUGUUUGCGUUGAACACAUUGUGGUGCUAUCGAGGAGAACACGGUCACGGAGGAGUUCACCGGAGCAGUGUCAGAAGUCUGCAUCCAGCCGCUGGGAUCGCCGCACCGACCAGGCGGGGGAUCAGACGCGUUUCUUCAUUGAUUGCUCAGUGUUAGCUACCUCGUCACCAUAGCUGAGCAAGCGAUGACGCUGCAUGUGAAUCUUUCUUCCCAGGUGCUGUUUUUCUAGUGGUGUGAUCUCUUCUUCUGGUCAGCGGUGCAGGGCCGGGUUUGGGGAUGCAAAUAAAGAUCUUUUUUGUCCCCGAUGGAGGGAUGAGUGAGGUGCUGUGUGGUGACUUUUAAUCCAAAUAACUGGUACAGCAACAGGUAGCAGAAAUAUUACCAUUUUAUGCACGUCAGUUCCUCCUUCGUGGUAUUCUGGACUUAUAAUAAUACUCUAGAAAUCCUUCUUAUAUUCAGUUUUUUAGAAUAACUGGCUGUCUGCUUUGUACUUUUUGCUAUGCAACAAAUUAAACUGAAUGCUUUUUAA